AUGGGUUCUUCACAUUCGGAACCGAUUCAUAAUUCCACACCUGGGCCAACAUCCACAGCCGUUACCAACGAACACAAAAGGGAUCAUCAAAUGGUUUCCGAUUGGUUAUUUGGGGAAAGGGCAACAACACAUCUUCCAAAGCAUUUAUUUUCUAAAGAUGAAGCGUGUUGUAGAGUGGUCAAUAUUUUCAACCAGAAUGAAAAGUGUCAUGACCAUUCAUCAACAACAACAAUGGUUUUUAGUAUUCAAGAUAGUGAUCAUGGUACAAUUUCUGAAACCAAUCGUUUAUAUCUUUCAAAGGAAAUUAUGGCUCAUAUUUUCAGUUAUUUAUCCAUUUCCGAAUUGUUGAUGAUUUCAAGCCUUUCUCGUGCCUUCCGAGCAUUUUGUUCAUCUACCGAGUUUUAUUUUGAAAUUCUUCAAGAUUCUUAUUGUAGAGACGAUAAGUUUGAAGCCUUAUUCAUGAUUGGACCGAUGCAACUUUCAUUCAUUACAAAAAUUGCAUUCCUUCAGAAACUGAAACACUGUUACAGAGAUACGGUCAAAUUGUGUUCGAGCUAUGAUUAUACAACCCCAGUAUCCCUUAUUGCGGAUAUUGCUUGCAUUAGUACUAAUGAAACAAUCUCCAAGUUGCUAUUCGAUGAAUGGAAAGAAACGUUACGUCCUCUGAAUCCCAAUUAUCCCUCCAUCCAUACAACAUGUCAAUUAGAGUGUUUAAAAAAAGUGGCUGCAAUCAAAAUAGAACAUUUUCAAUGGUAUGAAAAAACAAGUACAGGUGAUUCUUUUAGAAAGUUGUGUGAUCGCUAUGACUCAUUGGUGUUUUGUUUUGAUGUGAACGGAGGCGAUCAAGCAUUGUCAGAAUUGGAACAAUUGAUUCACAAGGUCAUGACUUUGUCAUACGGUACAAAAUAUGUAAAAGGACAAAAUAUGAAUGAAUUACUUUGUGUAGAUGAAAGAAUUUUUUGCAUCAUAGGGCUUGCAAAUACUGGUGAAGGAGAGAAAGAACCAGGACUAUCUGUGAGGAAGCGGAUAUCGUCAUCGAGAAUUCUUGAAUUUGUGGACUCAAUUUUCGGAUCUAACCAUUCACUGUGUUGGAAUGAUUUACGUGUACAAUAUUUUGAGGUGAGGUUGAAUGGAUCAUCAACCAAUAGCAGUAAUUGUGAAUCACUAUUUCCUCUACAAUUUAUAUUGUCUAAAAUGAAUGUGUAUGAUUUUACAACCGUACCUAACCGAGAAAGUACUUUUCCUCAAGCUAAAGCUUGA